AUGAGUUUAUUCCCUACCGAUCGUCGACCGAGCCAUUUGGUUCAAUUCAAUGCUGGCAAAUGCAUUCGUGAAGGCAAUAUGUUAAAGCCCGACUUGCGAAAAGGACUUGUAUAUAUGGAUCAAAGCAACGAUCAGCUUAUGCACUUUUACUGGAAAGAGCGUAAAGCUUCACAACCUGAAGAGGAUCUCAUCAUCUUUCCUGACGAAGCAGAACUUGUCCGAGUACCCGAAUGUACGACGGGUCGUGUUUAUUUGCUAAAGUUCAAAUCGUCCAGUCAACGAAUGUUUUUCUGGAUGCAAAAUGCCAAUACAGACAAGGACGACCAACUCGUGGAACGUGUGAAUAAACUGAUCAACAAUCCUCAAGCCGCUAUUGAGGAAUCCAGCCGUAAUCGCGGUUCAAACUUGGUGUUCGAUGGCGACGCGGCAUCAUCCGAUUUGAUGCAGAUUCUGGGAGACAGUGACGAAAUCACACAAGAGAACCUGCUUCAGUUUCUACAGUCGGCUGGAGAAUUGAGUGGACCCAUUGGAUCUCUAGACGAUUUAGAACGACAGCAGCCCAUGAUGACCAGUGACCAGUUGAAUCAGUUGAAGGACAGUUUACAGUCGGUGACUGUAUCACCCGACGCAUCUUUUGAAGCACUCGAGGAUCUGGAAGAUGUUUUAGCCCCAGAAUCUAUCGGUCCAUUAUUGAACAAUGGCGAUAUUUUACAGGCGCUUUUCCCUUUUGUGGAACCCGCCGAACGUUCGCAGGAAGAAAUCCAUGAAUUGACAAGAUCCUCGGAAUUCAAAAAUGCUUUGCAACGAUUGCAUACAGCUAUUUCAGAAGGAAAGCUCAGCUCUCUAUUGGAUGAUUUGGAUUGGGUGUCCAUACAUGAUGUCUAUUCCUUCCUUACAAUGAUGGAAGAUGAAGCAAAUCGUAGACAGCAUCAGCAAGAAGGAGAGGCUAUGGAGGAAGAUUAA